UAAGUAGUUGCAAUUUUCCCAAAUGUCAAACACACCAAUUCUCACAAAAAUCAAGAAAGUGCACAAUUUUUUGAAGCAAUUUUAGGCAUUAUGGCUGUGGGGGAUAAUAAUAAUUUACAAGUGCUUAAUGCACUUGAUUUGGCCAAAACUCAACUCUACCAUUUUACAGCCAUUGUUAUUGCUGGAAUGGGAUUUUUUACUGAUGCCUAUGAUCUGUUUAGUAUUUCUCUUGUUACUAAAUUGCUUGGGCGUUUAUACUACACCAAACCGGAUCUUUUGAAACCCGGAACACUCCCUCCGGCCGUAUCGGCCUCGGUGACGGGUGUUGCCCUUGUUGGCACCCUAGCCGGCCAGCUAUUCUUUGGCUGGCUAGGUGACAAAAUGGGACGAAAAAAGGUGUAUGGUAUGACUUUAGUUCUCAUGGUUGUGUGUUCUGUUGCUUCAGGGCUCUCCUUAGGUAGUACCCCUAAGGGUGUUAUGACUACAUUGUGUUUUUUUAGGUUUUGGCUUGGAUUUGGUAUUGGUGGUGAUUACCCUUUAUCCGCUACCAUCAUGUCUGAAUACGCUAACAAAAAGACACGUGGUGCAUUCAUAGCCGCGGUUUUCGCUAUGCAAGGGUUUGGAAUUUUGUUUAGUGGGAUAGUUGCGCUUAUCACCGCAGCUGGAUUCGAUCACGCGUAUAGAUCCCCAACUUUCGAGGAAAAUGCUGCUCUAUCUACGGUACCACAAUCGGACUACAUUUGGCGUAUCAUUCUCAUGUUUGGCUCUUUGCCAGCUGCCCUCACUUACUACUGGCGCAUGAAAAUGCCCGAAACAGCACGUUACACGGCUCUAGUCGCGAAAGACGCGAAAAGAGCCGCGCAGGACAUGGGUAAGGUACUACAGGUGGAAAUUGAAAGCGAGGAAUCAAAAAUCGAGCAAAUUUCAAGGGAUGAAACUAAUCAAUUCGGUCUGUUCUCGUGGGAAUUCGUUAGACGGCAUGGAUUGCAUUUAUUCGGAACGUGUUCCACGUGGUUUUUAUUAGAUAUUGCUUUCUACAGUCAGAAUUUGUUUCAGAAAGAUGUGUUCUCCGCCGUUGGAUGGAUCCCUAAAGCUCCAACAAUGAAUGCUGUUCAGGAAGUUUACAAAAUUGCCAGAGCGCAAACACUAAUUGCGCUCUGUAGCACGGUGCCAGGGUACUGGUUCACCGUGGCGUUUAUUGACAUUAUUGGAAGGUUCGCUAUCCAAUUGAUGGGAUUCUUCUUCAUGACUGUGUUUAUGUUUGCGAUUGCCAUCCCUUACCAUCAUUGGACAUUGGAGGCUAACCGCAUUGGAUUCAUUGUAAUGUAUUCCCUUACAUUUUUCUUUGCGAAUUUUGGGCCGAACGCUACUACAUUUGUGGUCCCGGCGGAGAUUUUCCCAGCGAGGCUUCGAUCAACAUGUCAUGGAAUUUCAGCGGCUGCAGGUAAGGCUGGAGCUAUAGUGGGAGCGUAUGGGUUCUUAUACGCUGCACAAAGCAAAGAUCCAAAGAAAACGGAUGCAGGAUACCCAGCGGGUAUUGGAAUAAAGAACUCACUAAUUGUUCUAGGCUGUAUCAAUGCACUUGGAAUGUUGUGUACAUUUUGUGUGCCAGAGCCCAAAGGAAAAUCUCUAGAGGAAGCAUCACAAGAAACUAUAACUGGAGAAGCAUGAGAUCAUUAAACAAAAUUGACCUUUUGGCCAUUACAACAUUACAAUCAGCUUCUUACUUCUUUCCAGAAAGAUUUAAUUUUCUGC